AUGUGCGGUGCUGACUGCUUCCUGGGCUUCCUAGCCAUCCUCUUCCCGCCUCUACCCGUCUGGGUCAAGUGCGGCAUCUGCUCCGCCGACUCCAUCAUCAACCUCCUGCUCUGUCUCCUGGGCUACAUCCCCGGACUCCUGCACGCCUGGUACAUAAUCGCCAAGUUCCCGGACACCCUCGACUACGAGCGAGUACCGCAGCAGGACGGCGAAGGCGGCCGCGUAACCUAUGUCUUCGUCAACCAGCAGCCCGGCUCCGGACAGCAGCAGCAGCAGGGCCGCAAACAGCACAAGCCGAACCAGCCCCACGGCGGCAUGAACUACGGCACCGCCAGCGACAACAACAAUGCAGAAUCGUCGUCAACGGCACCUCACAAGGAUGGCGAAGGCAGCGGACAGGCGCCGGCGCCGCCGACGUACGCCGAGGCCGUCAAGGGCGACCACAAGGUCCAAACUCAGGACUAG